AUGGCGGAAGCGGGCGGGCCGGCGGCCACUUCGGAGUCUUACACAGGCCGCGGCUCUUCCACGCCUGGUGUGGGCAGGCGGGCGGAGCAGACGCCUCGCUACACCCUAGGGCUUCUGCAGACGCCGCACAGCUCGGAGAGCACCGGGACCUCGUCCAGCCGCGGGGCACGGCUGGGCGGCUCCAGCGGGAAAGGCCUCGCAGCCGGCAGGGCUGCCGGGACCAGCGCAGUGAAGCCGGCGGUUUCCGAAAGGGGAGAAUCCUAUUUUGGGGACAAAAGUUCUUGUGUUGAAAAUGCUAACACAUUGAAUCUCACUAGUUCUUCUUCUGUGCGAGGCCUGAAUAGUACAUGUGUAGGAAAAACACCUCUCUCUUCUGGUAGAUCUGGUUGCAGAAGCCAUACUCCUCUUAUGGGAUAUUCAGUUACAUCCUCCUCUGCAGUUUCUGCUCAUACUGUUGCAUCGGUUAUUGUAGCUGUGGUAGAAGGAAGAGGCCUUGCCAGAGGUGAAGUAGGAAUGGCCAGUAUAGAUUUAAAAAAUCCUGAGAUGAUAUUAUCACAAUUUGCAGACAAUACAACUUAUGCCAAGGUUAUUACCAAACUAAAGAUUUUAACACCCCUAGAAAUAAUAAUGUCGAACACUGCUUGUGAUGCAGGGAAUACAACAAAAUUGUUCAGUUUGAUAACAGAGCAUUUCAAGAAUGUGAAUUUUACAACUGUCCAGAGAAAAUACUUCAAUGAAACGAAGGGUUUGGAGUACAUUGAGCAAUUGUGUGCAUCUGAAUUUAGCACCAUUUUCAUGGAAGUCCAAUCAAAGUAUUACUGUCUUGCAGCUGCUGCAGCUUUGCUAAAAUAUGUUGAAUUUAUUCAAAACGCCGUUUAUGCUCCUAAAUCACUCAAGGUGCGUUUCCAGGGGAGUGAGAAAACAGCUAUGAUAGAUUCAUCAUCAGCACAAAAUCUUGAACUAGUGCUUAAUAACAGAGAUUCUCGGACUGGUCAUACACUUCUUGGUGUUUUAAAUUACACUAAAACUCCCGGUGGAAGUCGAAGACUUAGGUCCAAUAUCCUGGAACCUCUAGUUGAUGCUGAAACAAUUAACACAAGAUUGGACUGUGUUGAGGAAUUACUCCAGGAUGAGGAGCUCUUUUUUGGUCUUCAAGCAGUUAUCUCAAAAUUCCUGGAUACAGAACAACUACUUUCAGUUUUGGUACAGAUUCCAAAGCAGGAUACGGUUAAAACUGCUGAAUCAAAAAUAACUAAUUUAAUCUACCUGAAGCAUACCUUAGAACUUGUGGAACCUCUGAAAGCUGCUUUAAGAGGCUGUACCACACAGCUGCUGAAGGCUUAUUAUAAUUCUCUUGAAGAUACAAGAUUUGGAAUGAUACUUGAAAAGAUUACAAGUGUAAUUAAUGAUGAUACAAGAUACACAAAAGGAUGUCUGAGUAUGAGGACCCAGAAGUGCUACGCUGUUAAGCCUAACAUCAAUGAAUUCCUUGACAUAGCUCGUAGAACAUACACGGAAAUUGUUGAUGACAUAGCAGGUAUGAUAACACAGCUUGCAGGAAAGUACAGCCUGCCAAUGAAAACGAGUUUCAGCUCUGCUCGUGGAUUUUUUAUCCAAAUGAAUGCUGAUGGUUCAACGUUGCCUAAUGGCCAGCUUCCUUCAGAAUUUACAAAGAUCACGAAAAUUAAAAACACAUACAGCUUCACUUCAGCAGAUUUAAUAAAAAUGAAUGAAAGAUGUCAGGAGUCUCUGAGAGAAAUAUAUCACAUUACCUACUUAAUAGUGUGUAAACUACUGAAUGAGAUCUAUGAACACAUUCAUUGCCUGUACAAGCUGUCCGACAUUGUGUCUAUGCUGGAUAUGCUGCUUUCAUUUGCCCAUGUCUGCACUCUUUCCGAUUAUGUUCGUCCAGAAUUUACUGAUACUUUAGCAAUCAAGCAGGGAUGGCAUCCCAUUCUUGAAAAGAUAGCUAUGGAAAAACCUGUGUCUAACAACACGUACCUGACAGAGGGCAACAAUUUCGUCAUUAUUACAGGACCAAACAUGAGUGGAAAAUCAACAUACUUGAAACAGAUUGCUCUCUGUCAAAUUAUGGCACAGAUUGGUUCUUAUGUCCCAGCAGAGUAUUGUUCUUUUCGAAUUGCAGAGCAGAUUUUUACCAGGAUAGGUAUGGAUGAUGACAUUGAAACAAAUGCAUCAACAUUCAUGAAGGAAAUGAAAGAGAUAACGUACAUCAUACAAAAUGCUAAUGAUAAGUCACUCAUCAUUAUUGAUGAGCUUGGCAGAGGUACCAGUGCCGAAGAAGGGAUUGGCAUUUGUCAUGCUGCCUGUGAGCAUCUGUUGAACUUAAAGGCAUUUACACUGUUUGCUACACAUUUCCUGGAACUAUGUCAUAUAGAUGCUUUAUAUCCCAAUGUGGAAAACUACCAUUUUGAAGUGCAACAUGUGAGAAGCAGUGCUGGAAAUAAGGAGAAAAUUGCUUACACUUACACACUUUCUAAAGGAUACACAGAGGAAAAGAACUAUGGACUAAAAGCUGCAGAAGUGUCCUCCCUACCAUCAUCCAUAAUUUUGGAUGCAAAGGAAAUCACAAACCACAUUACAAAACAAAUUUUGCACAGGCAGGAAAGCACACCUGAGAUGAUGAAGCAGAGAGCUGCAUACCAGUUAGCAAUGAGAUUGGUUCAGACUGCCAGAAAUUCUCGACUGGACCCUGGCAGUUUGCGUAUAUAUUUGAAAGCCCUGAAGAAAAAGUAUGAAGCCAGUUGUCCCACACCCAGAAAGAAUGAUGAGCAACAAUAACAGAGGCUGUUGCUCUAAUUUUUAUGACUGCAAGAUGAUUCUGGUUUUUCUCACAGUAUUAGUACUGUCUUUUCACAUGCUGUUAUAUUUUCAAUUCUUAGUCUAAAUUACACUCAGUAAUGGAAGACCAUAUCCUUUAUGGGUUUUCCCCCCCUCCCCCAGCAUACCUGGAAUAAAAGCAUUUGCCUUCUAUGAGGAGCACAA